AUGUAUUCUCUCAUUAUAUUUCUAUUCCUUUGCCUGAGCUACAGCACUCUCUCGGCACCCAUUUCCAAGCAGCAAGGCAGGUCCUUCCAGAUUGAACGAUUCAGGCGCAGCGACUAUGUCGCGCAUGGCCCGACAGCACUGCGGAAAGCAUACAGGAAAUAUGGCAUGCCGAUGAACUCCAAUACGCCCAAUCCGUCCUACCAGGCGAGCUCAAAGUCGGAGACGGAGACGGAUGAAAUGGGAGAAAUCAGAGCGACCCUCGUGCAGGGCGGUAGUGAGUAUGUAUCGCCGGUUGUUAUUGGAGGACAGACUUUCAAUAUGGAUUUCGAUACUGGGUCUUCAACCAUGUGGGUGAUGAACAAGAACACCACACAAAUUCAAUCCGGUCGGAAGGUAUACGCCCCAGAUCAGUCCGAAAACUUCGAGCUACUCCCAAACUGCUCUUUCACGGACGUUUACGGAGACGAUUCCAGUAACUAUGGGGCUGUCGGCAAAGACACAGUCUCAAUUGGGGGCCUUAGCGUGACAGACCAAGUCUUCGGACUACCGACAGAAGUCUCUCCUCAGUUCAAGGACGACCCCAGUUCCGACGGACUCGUUGGCCUGGCCUUUGAAUCUAUCAACACUAUCCAGCCAGGCCGCCACAAGACAUUCUUCGACAACGUGGAGCCUCAGCUCGAGGAGCCCGUCCUGACCGCACUGCUGCGCGAGGACGGCGUGAGCGAGUACGAGUUCGGCAAGAUUGAUCACUCCAAAUACACCGGCACACUGGCGAACAUCAGCGUUGACUCGUCGAGGGGAUAUUGGGAGUUCAACGUAGGCACAUUUAAAGCCGGAGAUGUUGAGCUAAGCAACAGCGCGACAACCAAGGCAAUCGCUGAUACGGGCACUUCUCUUCUGCUGGCUAGUCCUGACAUUGUCAGCGCGUACUAUCAGCAGGUUCGGGGGUCGUGGUUCACGAACUCUGGUUACGGAUAUGUCUUUCCUUGCACAGCGGAUCUGCCCGAUCUGCAUGUCACCUUGGGAGAUAAUUUCCCAGUAACUGUUCCGGGGGCAAUGUUCAACUACAGUCCCGCUCCAUUUACUACGUCUGCCGGUGAACCAGUAUGCGUUGGCGGCCUCCAGGUAAGCACCGCUGGGUUUCAGAUCUUUGGCGACCUGUUUCUCAGAAACUUUUACGUGGUCUUUGAUAAACGGGGCCCGUCUCUUGGGUUUGCGUCGCCGAAAUGA